CUCAUGAACCGACACCUGCCCUGAGUCUCGCCGUGAAAAAUUACGAAAGAAUUCGGUUUGUUCAUCGCCUCUUCACAAGACCAACAAAUUUUUGCAAAACGAACAAUGGCUUCUAUGUGUGGACGCAUGGCACUGCGUGCUGCUGCUCGCCAAAAUGUGACAUACCACUCCGUGCGCACUUGCAAAAUGAUGAACGAUCCCUUGGAGCAUGCUACAGGUAUCGAGAAGCGUGAAUUGCUGCUCAAAGCCGCCGGCAAUGAUAAUCCCUUCGACAUGAAGGUCUUCAAGCGCGGUGCUGGCACCAAGGAGAACCCCAACUUGAUUCCAUCGGCCUUCGAUGCCCGCAUUGUGGGUUGCAUCUGCGAGGAGGAUCAGACCUACGUGCAAUGGAUGUGGUUGCAAAAGGGCAACCAGAAACGUUGCGAGUGCGGACACUGGUUCAAACUGGUCGAGAAGGCAGCUGUUUAAAUGAGUUAUUAUUAAAUAAUUAAAUAAACCAAUUAAUAAUACACAAAAAA